UGGACUAAAGUAGGCGUGGCUUGCGCCCCACGCGAGCGAACAGGUGCGCACCUAAAGUUUCACCUGUGUGGUAGAGCGCGAGCGUGUUGGAGGUUAUAUGUAGGUGUCGGUGUCGGUGUGUUCAUUGCGGCUUGUACUCCGUGAGGUGAUUAAAAAAACAACUGGAAAUGUUAGGUUAAUUUUGAAGAAUUUGUUUGUGUUGCGUUUGAGGACGUUUUAUUUUCUUCUUUGGAAACGUGUUCACUUUUCUAUGGCUAACAGAAGAACUGAGGUGUCCGACUACUGGAGAUACAGUGAGGUUUUAAUGAACACAAUGACCUAGGCUAAUUUAGGCUAAUUUUUAAAGUGCCAUAUAUUAUAAGAAACUAGACAGUGAAAUAAACAAAACAAAACAAAAAGUAGUUUAUGUAUCUACAAAUAUAUCGUAUUUAAAACUGGUUAUUUGGCAAGUAGCUUAUUUAAUUCUUAAAAAGUUGGACCAAAUGGAGGAAAUGAAGAAAACGUCAAACCCAGCCUGCUUUGCCUUGUUACUAACAGCAGUAAUUGCCUGUGUGUGUGGCGAGUUUGUUCAACCCCCUCCGUCCUUGGCCCUGCUCUCCUUUGCCGAGGAGGAGACUCGAUUGCCAUGCGAGUUUAAACCACAGGACGGUGUCAGGGUGGUACAGGUGACCUGGUCUACAGAAAAGAGCAAUGGUGUCAAGGAGCAGAUCAUCACCAGACACAUGACAGAGGGGCUUCAAGAGUUUCCUACCUUUGCAGGCCGUGUGCGCUUCACAAGUUCUGAUCCGAUUAAAGACUCAACGCUGUUGAUUCUGAGCACAAGGGAGUCGGAUCAAGCCACGUACACCUGCCACAUCUCCACUUUUCCUUCAGGGAACUUCGAGAGACAAAUCAGCCUUACUGUCUGGAGGAUUCCCAUCUCCACACUGGAAACGGUCAUCCUUGAGGAGGGUCAGUCAUUCCGAGUGGCUGCCACAUGCCGUGCGAUUGGCCUUCCUCCACCACGCCUCUCCUGGGACACUGAUGUCCCUGGCCAGUCACAGAACAGGAGCUCAGAGGAUGGGGUUGUCACCUCCCAGUACUCGCUGCACCCUCUGCGCAGCAUGAAUGGCCGCAAACUGGACUGCCUGGUGUGGCACCCUGCUCUAGAGCGCCCCCGCAGGCUGAGCAGCACACUGGUCGUGCACUUUCCUCCUGACGCUACGGUUUCUGGUUAUGAUCAGAGCUGGUCAGUUGAUCGGAAGGGAGCUGAACUCAAGUGCGAGGGUGUAGGAAAUCCUCAACCACACAACUUCACCUGGACCAGGAAGGGCGGGGUUUUGCCCAAGGAUGUAUCUGUGGAGGGGAACAGGCUCAUUUUCACUCGUCCCCUAAACAAAACGGAUGAAGGAGUGUACGAAUGUGAGGCCAUAAACUCAGUGGGAUCGGUGAAGACAGAGGUUAAUGUCAAGAUCCCAGAGGCCACCAAAUCUUCCCAGCUCGAGGCCUCUUUCAACAACCUCCUCCUUAUCAUAGUGGGUGGAGCUGCUGGGGCUUUAGUAGUUGUCAUGACAAUUAUCAUCCUUUUGGUUACCUGCCACCAUAGACGCAGGACCAGGAAACUUAAAAGGGAGCUCAGCGAGAAAAAGGAGGAGAUCAAUAAUCUUUCAAGACAGACCUCUAUGAGGAGACUUAACUCAGUCAGUACUGACCCCAGGAUACAGACUGAAGAAUCCACCCUCAUCAGGAUGGACUCUCCUGUAAAAAACAGUGUCUUUUCUCUAGAGGAGAAUUCCACCAUAUGUGAGCAGAGGGAUGGGUUUGGAGAAGACGACUACGACAGCCUCGGCCGUCCAGCCAUCUUCCGGUCUUACCACUCAGAGCGCGGGAGCGGGAGGAGGAAAGAGACAGAGGUGGAGAAACAAGACCGUGUUCAAAGAGUGGCAACCUUCAUAAAGAACAGUAAUAUGACUUUGGAUGCAGAUCUUCGCCUGGAACAGAGCCUGCCACCCUUGUCCAUUAGCUCAGGCGCAUCAAGAGAAGGAGGGACAGAAAAAGACGUAUGGGGCCAGAGAGAAGGCAUGCCAGAGGGAGAGGAGGGAGAAUGCACCUCAGACUCGUAUCAGAUCUCAGAGGCACUCUCGAACCACUUCCACUACAGCAAUGGCUUCCUCAGGCCAAAACCUCACCCAAACGCUAUAAUACUGCACCCACGUGGCCAGCUCAUAUAAUGAAGCAAAAGUAUUUCUACACGGCAUGUCAUUCCUGCGAUCUAUUCAGGUCACCAGUGAUGAGCUUUGUGGUCCAGUGAAGCUAAUCCUGCUUGCUGCUUCAUCUGACCAAUGAAUUCAUAUUAUACUCCUUGGAGCACAUGUGUUUAUACCAUAAGCAGGUUAGUACAUAUCGAGACUACUGGACACCUCAGCUUUCAGCUCUACCCACAGGCCUCUCAUGGGUCAUCUACCAGCAGGCUACAAGUCCAGAUGUGGAUACAUCAACAGAUUUAAGCAGACCAACAACCUGUUAAAAGCCUGAGCUGAUGAAUGCAUCUAAAUGCGAAUUAGCACCACUUAUGCAGCAGUUCCUCAGUUGUGCCUGAGUUUGGAAAAUUUCCUGACUGAGUGCAGAAGUAGCAUUAAGUUAAUAUUACCAUUUAAAAUUCAACAGUUGAUUCAUUCAGUUCAUUCAGAAAACAAAAUAAACCUUCAUCUAUACACCUUACUCAGAACAGCAUAAACUUUUGAAAUCUGUUCAGAAGAGGUAAAUAAUCAGCUUGUUAAUUAACCAGUUACUUUCACAAUAUAAUUCCUUGCAUAUAUUUUGCAUCACGCCACAUGCUGGCCAAAGUGGUCAAAAAUAUAAAAAGAUUUCUUCUUACAAAAAAAAAACAAACAAACAAAAAAAAAACAGAGCGAAUAGAUUAGAGGUGUGAUGGACAACCAACUAGUAUUCCAGGACACAAACUCCUCUUGCUUUCUUUUUUUUAUGUUUUGUUGAGACUGACAAUUUAGGAUAUUAAAUUUGCAUAAGUUUGCUUUGAAUUCCAUGUCCAUGGAAAAUUAAAUAGGUUACUGAGCUUGUGGCAUGUGAAUAAACAGCAUUUGGAAACUUGAGUGAUUAUAAGCACAAUGACAGAGAUCAAUAAUGAAGGCUGGACGUUAGACAGUUUAUCUAGACUUCAUGAACUUUAAUGUCUACAGGAAGCAGAUGUUGUUUUCUUUUGUACCUGUAUAAUCUCCAGCACAGGCUACAUCAUGCAGUGGAAAAGAGCUACUCAGACAGAUGGAGAGCUCACUGAAAGGACAGGAGACCCUGAAGGAAGCAGGUAUUUCAGUGAAGUUUGUUCACCCUCUAAACCACAGUGAGGAUUAGCAGCUUUUACUGCCAGAAGAAUAUCAACCUGUUACACAAGGGACUUUUUUUUUUUUUUUUUUUAAAUUUGGAGCUAACAUGGUUAGCUCUUGUGGCUUUAACAACUUGUGUUUUCAGAGGUAUAUUUCUCCGUAUUAAUUACCUCAGCGUAUUUUCAUUACCUUUCAACACUGUAUUACUACAUACUGUUGCUAAAUAGCUGAAGCUUUUUACCAUCAAAUGAUGACACAUUGAUAAUUUUACAAGUUACAACCUAGUUUAGCACCUGGCUGAUCUUUAUUAAUGCAUUAUAAAUACUUAGCUUCAAAGUUCACCAGUGCAGUGUGCUGUAUUUGUGAAAGAUGUUCAUGUAAAUAAGAGUAAAUAUGGUAAGACAAACCCAUUAAGCAAUUUAUAUUUUCAUGAAUUUUGUGUAUUUUUUUCUGUAUUCUACUGUGUAUUUUGUAAAGACAGUAACAGAGAAGUGUUACCAACUUUUUGUUUAUUGUAAAAAUAAAAUGAGCAAAACCAA